AUGUACACUUUAGUCGGUCACACGCCACUGAAUGCUUGCAUAUGCACAUCCGUUUAUUCUUGCCACGAUCAAUUGCAGAUCCCCUUUCCUUUCUUUUAAAUCAUCUCCCUCAGCAUAAGCACCGAAAUUCUCAGGAUGUUUCUGCUUGGUUCUAUCGCUGGCCAGUUAUGUGUACCAUUCUACAGGAAAUAGAUUACUUAAUGCACGAUAAACUACCCCCUCCACUUCUUGAUCCAGGCAGAAAAUUACUCAACUGGUUGUCUCUUUAAACUUGUUAGCAAUAUCCCCUUUCUUUCUCACCUUCUCUUCUCCCUUUCCUUUACCUUUUUACCUCUUGUCCCAUAAGAGGGUUUUUAGAUACUUUCUUCACAUGAUUUGAACUGACCUGGGC